CGUUGCAGUGGCUGAAGGUGUAAAUUAAUAAAUUGUUCUUUUUUUGCAGUUUGUUGAAAAUUUUCAAGUUAAAAUGAAAAGGAAAAACUCGCCAUCAGAUGAAGAUCUGGAAAAUGAGGUGGAAGCUUGGAACCCCUCUGAUUUUGAAAAAGAGAAUGAAAAUGAAAAGGAAAUUAGAGCAUCUCAAAAAAAUGUAAUCACUGACAAUAGAAAUCGUCCACUUAAAAUGUCCAAAGGAGAUCUGUAUAAAGCUCCUACAGUGGAGGAGCUUAAUCAGCUGAAAGAGGCUGAAAAUCUGUUCCACUGCAGUUUACUCAAAAUGCAGAUGGAGGAGCUGUUAAAGGAGGUGGCACUAAGUGAGCGCAAGAAGAAGUUUGUGGACACCUUUGUGGAGGAAAUCACUGAUCUUCUUUCCUCAGUGCCUGAAACUCCUAUAGUGGAGCUAUCAGAUGUAUCUUGGUUAUCUGAGUCGGGAAUUGAUGUGCCAUUCAUCAUGGUUCCUGAGGAUACUAAGGGGAAGUUCCACAUGGAGCCCCCUGCCUCUGUGGAUCUGAUUGGUAGCUAUCCACUCGGCACUUGCAUCAAACCCAGAGUUUUGGUUGACCUAGCAGUUACCAUUCCUCAUAGUAUCCUGCACCCAAUGGAUGACAUAAACCAGAGAUACUCUCGAAAGCGUGCUUUAUACCUAGCUGGACUGGCACAGCACAUUGUCAGCUCACCAUCAGUGGGCACACUGCAUUUUUCCUGCCUUCAUGGCAACCGUCUGCGCCCAGUCCUACUUGUUUUCCCCGCAGGAAAGGAAGGCAGCAUCACAUUGCGGAUCCACGCUCUCCCACCUCCAGAUUUCCUCAAACCAAGUCGCUUUCAUCCUCAGAAGAACAACAUCCGAACGGCUUGGUUUACCGGCCAUGACUCUGAACAAGAAAUCAGUGAGCCUCCCACACCUCAUUAUAACAAUACAGUACUGGGGGAUCACCUGCCUCGUUCCCACCUGCAGUUCCUCAGUGCACACAGCAGUCAGUGUCCAGCGUUUAGAGAUGCCGUAGCUCUGCUCAAAGUGUGGCUUAGACAGAGGGAUCUAGAUCAGGGUACUGGGUGUUUUGGUGGAUUCUUGGCCUCCAUGCUGCUGGCGUAUCUUCUAUCCACACAUAAAGCAGGCAAAACCAUGAAUGCAUACCAGCUGCUCAGAAAUGCUCUGCAUUUUCUAGCAUCCACAGACUUCACUAAGAAUGGUAUUACAUUGGCAAGAAACCCAGAUUCAAAGGCGCCAUCGCUGCCUGAGUUCCACAGCGCUUUCCAGGUGGUGUUUGUGGAUCCAUCUGGGCAUCUUAACCUCUGUGCAGACAUGACUGCUUUCACCUACAGACAGAUCCAGCAUGAGGCGACGCUGUCUCUCCAGUUCUGGGACGACCCCACUCUAGAUGGAUUCCAGGCUCUUCUUAUGACCCCAAAACCUAUGAUCAGGACAUAUGACCAUGUCUAUCAAUUGAAUGAAUUGGUGAAAAUGCAGGCUGCCUGUAAAAAGCUGAGUCUGCUCAGCAGUCUAAUGGACCACAGUGGAAACUACGUUGUUGCCGUACUUCCAUUUAUCUUGUCGCUCCUGGAACGAGGGCUCGGCGAUAGAAUCCAACUUCUCACUCACUCACUUCUACCAGACCCUGAGUGGUCGGUGUAUUGUGAGCCCCCGAAACACAAAGACCUGCCACCCGUGUCCCUCGGCCUGCUACUGAACCAUGAACGUGCUCUGUCUGUACUAGAAAGAGGACCACCAGCCGACAGCCCACAGGCCGCUGAGUUUCGCCAACUGUGGGGCUCUCGUUCAGAACUGCGCCGCUUUCAGGAUGGAGGGAUCACUGAAGCGGUGUUGUGGUCUGGAGAGUCCACAUGUCAGAGAAGACACAUCUUACGGGAGGUCAUCACUCACCUGCUGGAACUUCAUGCAGAUAUCCCAGAGUCAUGUGUGAGGUUUGUGGGUGGACAGGUGGACGACAUCAUUAAAGUUAAUCAAGAAGUAAGCAGUACAGGGGAGGAGGAGAAUCUGAAGGUGGUGCAGUGUUACGAUGAUCUGAGCCGAAAACUCUGGCAGCUGGAAGGUCUGCCUCUGUCCAUCACAUCAGUGCAGGGAGCUCAUCCUGCACUCAGAUACACCCAGGUGUUCCCUCCCGUCCCAGUAAAGCUGAUCUAUUCAUUUUUUGAGAGGGAGAAGACUAGCCGUGCCUUGGUUCCGCGUGCGGACAAACCAUGUCCUUGCUACAUCACUCCCAUCAAAGUCAUCUGUCACAUGGAGGGAAGUGGAAAGUGGCCUAAUGACGCUUUGGCAAUCCGUCAUAUUAAAGCAGCCUUCCACAUCCGACUCGGAGAGUUGCUUAAAAGCCAGCAUGGAUACACCUGCCGGCCCACUCCUACACACCUGGAUAUGUGGAAGGAUGGUCUAGCGUUCCGCAUCCAGGUAGCGUACCACAGAGAGCCACAGGUACUGAGAGAGAGCUUGACCACAGAGGGCAUGCUGAUACAGAGAGACAAUGCAGAAGCACAGGCCCUGGAAAUGGAAACUCAGCACAAACCCUUUCUUACCAGCACCCUGCAUGGUCUUCAGCAGCAGCACCCGUGCUUUGGCGCUGUAUGUCGUAUAGCUAAACGCUGGUUGGCUGCUCAGCUCUUUAGUGAAGAGAUAAAAGAAGAUGCAGCUGAUCUGCUGGUGGCUUCGCUCUUUUUACAGCCUGCUCCCUUCACUCCUCCCAGCUCUCCUCAGGUUGGUCUCCUUCGUUUCCUCCAUCUGCUCUUCUCUUUUGACUGGAAGAACAACCCACUUGUAAUUAACCUUAACAGCAAAUUAACAGCUGCUGACAACACUGAAAUCAGAAACCACUUCUUAGAAUCAAGGGACACUCUUCCUGUAAUAUUUAUCGCCACACCCAAUGAUAAGAAGGUCUCUAUUUGGACCAAAGAUUGUCCUUCAGUCCAGAUGCUUCAGCGUAUUGUGACGGUUGCAGCUGAAAGUCUGCGUGUUCUGGAGGCCCAGCUCCUCAACCCCAGCCAAAAACAAGACAUCCGGGUGGUGUUUCGACCCCCACUGGAGGCCUAUGAUGUUCUGAUCCACCUCAGACCCAAACAGGUCCCGCUGUUUAACAAAGCAGUGGAUGCUCCUUCUACCAUCAACUGCUACGGCAUCUCUGAUGGAGAUGUACCAGACGCAGGAGGGGCGUUCCCCGUCGUCGAUUUUGAUCCAGUGAAGCUGUAUCUUUCUGAGCUUAGGGAUGCCUUUGGGGAUUUGGCUCUAUUUUUCUACGACCCAUACGGAGGAACUGUAGUUGCAGUGCUGUGGAAGCCCCAAGCUUUUCAGCCACAACCAUUUAAGACUUCUCUGAUGAAUGCCAGGCGAGUGGAGGUCACUGAAAAUGGGGCAAUGACUCUCCCCAACGUUGAGGCCAUUGUGCAGGAUUUUCGUAUUAUUGGAGAUGGCCUGGUCCAAAAAGUGGAGCUAAGGACUGAAAAAUGGAUUGUAUGAAAACUGAAAAUGACCCGUGUGCCAUAGAUUUUGUUAAUUCAUUUUGCAAGUAACAUUACAUUUAAUGUACAUUUCUUGCAUUCAUGUCUUCAAUUUUGAGAAAGGAAAUGAUGUGUGCAUUUUUAUUACAAGAUGAUUGUUAUAAUUAUAAAAAUAUUUCAAAUGACAAAUAUGUGUUCAUUUUCAGAGUUUAUAUGUUGUAAACAGUACCCCGUACUGAUUGUGUGCUGCUACAUUAUGGGGGUUUUAAUGGGGGUUUUAUGCUCAUAAAAGAGCAGAGUGGCUCCAUUUUUUUCUGAAGAGGCACCACCUACCUCAUUGUUCCAGUGUGUGAUGACCCAGUAUCGAUACAAUCUAUGUACUGUGAGUUUUAUUAAGUCAGAACAAAAAUAUUUUUUUUUUUUACAAACAUUUUGUAACUAUAGCUAACACAUCAAGAUAUAUGUUAUAAUAACAACUUUAAUAAUAUUUCAUAGAUUUGGACAAACAUAUGGGAAAAAGUCUGCUCUUAAUUAUGAUGUAUCCAUAAUGAAUUAGGCAUUUAUCACAUUAAAACUUUGGGUCUAUCAGUUGCUCUUUAUUCUCAUGUAAAAUGACUUUUUUGUAGGGUGGGGAGGUCAACAUCUCCCUUCUUUAUCCUUUGAAGAACUGAUAGAUUUUCUUUGUGAAGAAUGCACCAACAUCCUCAAACAGUAUUCCACAAAGGAUUAAAACUGUGGAGGCAAAUGCUGCCCCUAAUCCUUGUUAGUUUCUUGAAAUAAACAUACUGUCAGAUAUCGUCA